CGACCACGCCCACGCAGUAUAUUGAUGAGGCCCGGCGCGCUGCGCUCUUUUUCUCUGCCGUGUUCCGGGCGGCCGCCAUCUUGUUUUUGUGUUAGGCCGGAGCCGGUUGUGCGAGGAAUUGAGGGUGAAGAGCGGGGCGCGCCCCGGUGGGAUUGAUGUCCAGCUCGCCGGUGUCUAAGAAGCGUCGCGUGGCCGGAUCUGAUACAAAGACGGGUUCAAACUGCGCAUCCUCCAAUUCUGUGAGCACAGAGCGGACAGCGCCAGCCAACGGCAUGGCUCGGAACGGGAAUGACGUCGAGAUCGAUGAGGGGCUGUACUCUCGUCAGCUGUAUGUCUUGGGCCACGAGGCCAUGAAGCGGAUGCAGAACUCCAAUGUUCUCGUCUCAGGGAUGAACGGUCUCGGUGUGGAGAUUGCAAAGAACAUUAUCCUAGGAGGUGUUAAAUCGGUCACCGUCCAUGACCAGACAAACACUGAAUGGGGAGACCUCUCCUCCCAGUUCUACCUCCGUGAGGAAGACCUUGGCAAGAAUCGAGCGGAGGUAGCGUACCCCAGACUGGCCGAGCUGAACACCUACGUGCCUGUAUCUGCCUCCAGCAGCCCCCUGACUGAUGAAUUCCUCUCCAGCUUUCAGCUUGUGAUUCUCACCAAUUCAACACUAGACGAACAGCUACGAGUGGGAGAUUUCUGCCAUGGUCACAAUAUAAAGUUCAUUGUAGCUGACACCAGGGGUCUGUUCGGGCAACUGUUCUGUGACUUUGGUGAUGAAAUGGUCGUACUGGAUCCCAACGGAGAGCAGCCCCUAAGUGCCAUGAUUUCCAUGAUUACAAAGGAUAACCCGGGCGUGGUCACCUGCCUGGACGAGGCUCGUCACGGCUUCGAAAGCAGCGAUUACGUAACGUUCACCGAAUUACAAGGCAUGACCGAGCUGAACAACUCUGAUCCUGUGGAAAUCAAAGUACUAGGACCAUACACAUUCAGCAUCUGCGACACGACAAAGUUUACAGACUACAUCCGCGGGGGCAUCGUCAGCCAAGUAAAGAUGCCGAAAAAAAUUAGCUUUAAACCCUUAAAGGAAUCUAUCCAGGAACCAGAGUUUGUCAUCACAGACUUUGCAAAGUUUGACCAUCCGUCCCAGUUGCACCUGGGAUUCCAGGGUCUGCACGCUUUCCAGAAAAAGAACGGACGCCUUCCCAAGCCCCGUAAUGAGGCUGAUGCCACUGAGCUGCUGGCCCUUACCAAAGAAAUCAACGAGAAGUUAUCUGGAUCUGCAAAGCAGGAGGAGCUGAAAGAAAGCCUUCUGAAGAAGCUGGCAUUCCAGGCCACCGGAAACCUCGCGCCAGUUAACGCUUUCGUGGGGGGCUUAGCAGCACAGGAAGCCAUGAAGGCCUUGUCUGGGAAGUUCACACCAAUCAUGCAGUGGUUGUAUUUUGAUGCCCUAGAAUGUUUGCCUGAAGAAAAUGAAGAUUCUCUGCUGACAGAGGAGAACUGCAGUCCUAAGAAAUCUCGCUACGAUGGGCAAAUUGCUGUGUUUGGAUCUGACUUCCAGGAGAAAAUUGGAAAACAGAAGUACUUUCUGGUUGGUGCUGGCGCCAUUGGCUGUGAGCUGCUGAAAAACUUUGCCAUGAUAGGUUUAGGGGCAGGAGAAGGCGGCGAGGUCAUUGUGACAGACAUGGACACCAUAGAAAAGUCCAAUCUGAACAGACAGUUCCUCUUCAGACCCUGGGAUGUUACGAAAAUGAAAUCUGAAACGGCAGCCGCAGCAGUGAAGCAGAUGAACCCAAACUUGAACGUCAUAGGGCACCAGAAUCGUGUGGGAACGGAGACUGAAAAGGUUUACGAUGAUGAUUUCUUCGAAGCACUAGAUGGCGUCACCAAUGCACUUGAUAAUGUGGAUGCCAGGAUGUACAUGGACCGGCGUUGUGUGUACUACCGCAAGCCACUUCUGGAAUCUGGAACAUUGGGAACCAAAGGGAAUGUCCAAGUUGUGAUACCUUUCCUCACAGAGUCUUACAGCUCAAGCCAGGACCCCCCAGAAAAGUCCAUACCAAUAUGUACCCUGAAAAACUUCCCUAAUGCUAUUGAACAUACUUUACAGUGGGCUCGAGAUGAAUUUGAGGGACUCUUCAAGCAACCAGCAGAAAAUGUCAAUCAGUAUUUAACAGACCCGAAAUUCAUGGAGAGGACCUUGAAGCUGCCCGGUUCUCAGCCCUUGGAGGUGAUUGAAGCGGUGUACAAAAGCCUCAUAAACGACAGGCCCAAGUCCUGGACAGACUGCGUGGCCUGGGCCUGCAACCACUGGCAUACACAAUACUCCAACAACAUCCGUCAGCUCCUGCACAACUUCCCACCAGAACAGCUGACCUCUUCUGGUGCACCCUUCUGGUCGGGCCCCAAAAGAUGUCCUCACCCACUGUCCUUUGAUACGAACACGCCUUUGCACUUGGAUUAUAUCGUAGCAGCUGCUAACCUCUUUGCACAAUCCUAUAAUAUUGCUGGAUCGACAGACAGAGCCACCAUCAUAGAUAUACUCAAAUCUGUCAAAGUGGCAGAAUUCGCCCCCAAAUCUGGAGUGAAAAUCCACGUAUCGGACCAAGAGAUGCAAAAUGCACACGCUUCCAUGGAUGACACUCGUCUGGAGGAGCUGAAGCAGUGUCUGCCUACGCCGGAAAGUCUGUCUAGCUUCAAAAUGUGUCCCAUUGAUUUUGAAAAGGAUGAUGAUACAAACUUUCACAUGGACUUCAUUGUGGCUGCUUCUAAUUUGCGAGCUGAAAACUAUGACAUCCCGCCUGCGGACCGUCACAAGAGCAAACUGAUAGCAGGAAAGAUCAUUCCAGCAAUUGCUACCACCACAGCAGCCGUGGUCGGCCUAGUAUGUUUGGAGCUCUACAAGAUAGUUCAGGGGCACAAGAAGAUCGAAUCCUUCAAGAACGGCUUCAUGAACCUGGCCCUCCCGUUCUUUGGCUUCUCCGAGCCCAUUGCAGCGCCGAAGCACAAGUACUACGAACACGAAUGGACUCUGUGGGACCGGUUUGAAGUCAAGGGUGUCCAGAGCAAUGGAGACGAGAUGACGUUGAAACAGUUCUUGGAUUACUUCAAGAAAGAACAUAAGCUGGAGAUCACUAUGUUGUCCCAAGGAGUUUCCAUGCUCUACUCCUUCUUCAUGCAGGCUGCCAAGCUGAAGGAACGUCAGGAACUGCCGAUGACCGAAAUAGUCACAAAAGUGUCUAAGAAGAAGAUCGGGAAACACGUGAAAGCUCUGGUGUUCGAGCUCUGCUGCAACGACGUGGAUGGAGAAGACGUGGAGGUCCCCUAUGUCCGCUACACCAUCCGCUGAGCUUCACCACGUCUCCAGCCGCAAUGCACAUCGGGGAGGGGGUCUGUGGAGCAGAUUGGAAAUGGGCACAGGUGGUAGAGGGGCCGAGGGAACUUUAAUGGGGAAAAAAAAAAUUAUAAUAAAAAUUCUGGGAGUUUUUAAAGCUUGACUGUUCUGCUAUUAACCCUUCAGCGCGGUGAAGGGAACAUGACCUAAGGGUAGGGGGCGGGGGGGGGGGGGGGUGCACGAAUCUCAUUGUAAUGUAAUCCUAUCACCCGUCUGGUAUUGUGUGAGGUUUGUGAUCAUUUUCUCUGACCAUUAUUAACACCUAAGCCCAAACCUAUCCUGCACCCCGUUCUCGCACUCCAACACCCCUAUAGAGGUGUUGACUCCCAAGGCCUGACUUUUUUUUUUUCCCCCGCCCCCUUGAACCAGUCCGGUCUCUUCAGCGCCUCUUCCCGAGGGUCUCCAGCCGCCAAUGACAUUUCCUGCUCCUUGUACUGUUAGUCGUGUAGUGCACAAGUUUGCUUAACCCUUCAGCCGCAUGAGAUACGAUUCCGUAGGACAGUGUUUCCCAACCAGUGUGCCUCCAGCUGUUGCAAGACUACAACUCCCAGCAUGCCCGGACAGCCGUUGGCUGUCCGGGCAUGCUGGGAGUUGUAGUUUUGCAACAGCUGGAGGCACACUGGUUGGGAAACACUGCCGUAGGAGGAAGAAGGGUUAUCGGCUGUGAAGAAUUGAGCUGGAGAGUGCGGUGCUCUGACUUGUAAUACCAACUGCAUGGGGAGCAUACAAGUUACGAUUUUUUAUUAUUUUUCUUUUUGCCUUGCCCACACUAACAACAUUCAGACCCCGUGCCAGUGACCUGAGGGCUAAAGAGCAGUAAGAUAUAGCUUUAGUGUAAUGACAAAUACAGUACUGCUGUUCUUGUAGAAAUGUCUCUUUAUACUGUGUUUUGAAAUCUGGAAAAAAAAUAAAAUAAAUAAAUAAAAAUUUAAAAAA